AUGGGUGGCGGAAACGGUGCAAAGUCUCAACAGGCGCGUGAGCGUAACGCGGCCAAGGCGGGCAAGGGCCCCUCGUCCCAGCUCAAGUCGAACGCGGCGGCCAUGUCGAUCCAGUGCAACAUCUGCAAGCAGGCGUUCCAGAGCACAGCCAAGAAGCCCAUGCUCGACCAGCACGUCGACUCCAAACACUCCAAGCAGGGCUUUGCGGCGUGCUUCCCCAACUACACUGCUUAG